CUUAUGUUUUAGCCAUGUUUUAGCUUUACAAAAUAAAUGAAGAUAUUUUUACGAAUCUAGGCAGUGUUUUUAAUAAUAAGGAAAUGUAUCCGACUGAUUUUUCACAAUGGUGUUCUUGAAUUAUAAAAAUGAUUUUUUUAAAUACUAGUUCAGUUAAAUGCAAAAGUGCACAAUUUGUUAAUUAAUUUAUAAAUUUAGAAACUAAAGAUGGAUUGGAUUAUUUCUGAUGAGUUAGGGUUGACCGUCGGGCACGUAGUAGGAUGGGGAGCAGCUGGAGCCAUGAUUAUCGGUGGCGUAGCACCAUACAUUCCACAGUAUCGUCAAAUCAAAAGGACACAGGAUGCUGAAGGGUUUUCCCUUUAUGUUUGCUUAACUCUUCUAAUAGCUAAUACACUUCGUAUAUUAUUCUGGUUUGGCAAACGUUAUGAGUUGCCGCUCCUGAUUCAAAGUAUUGUCAUGAACAUUACUAUGUUUGUAAUGAUCCACCUCUGUGUCACUGUUCGCAAAAAGAACCAAAUCAUAAGAGCAAGGGAGCGAAUAUUUACAGGUGCAAUAUUCAUGUUAUAUAUCCUAUUGUGUUGUGUGAACGGCUCAGACCAGCCAGAUGAAACGGCACACUGGCUGGAGCAACACAGCGGAGCACCCAGCGGGGAAAAGCCCCAUCGGUUUUAUGAUAUGGAAACGAAAUAUUUCUGGGCAUGGACAGAUUUCCAAAGCUACGUGGACUGUAUGCUCGUAUUUUCCGUGAUCGGGGCCGCCGCCACGUACCUGCUGAUUGAGUUCGGGCCCUUCGUAGAACUUAUUGGGUUCAUGGCCGUGUUCACGGAGGCCAUGCUUGGGGCGCCACAGAUCGCCAAGAACCAUCAGAACAAGAGCACCGAGGGGAUGAGCUUGAGCAUGGUGAUAAUGUGGACCUGCGGCGACGUAUUCAAGACUGCUUAUUUUGUAAUGAGGGAGGCGCCCACGCAGUUCUGGGUGUGCGGCUCGCUGCAAGUUGCGUUGGACGUCGUCAUACUCUUCCAAGUGUGGCUGUACCGGCGCGACACGGCGGCGGCGCGGCGGGCGCGGCGCGGCGACUAGCAGUGGACCGAGAGCGACUUAUAGCACCACCGCCGCCGCGCCCGCCCGAGCGCACGCUACCGUCUCCUAGCAAGAGUAUUAUGAUAACUACAUACACAGAGUAGACUUUCCUAAUACUUGUGUUUUUUGUGACGUGACGCAUCGAAAAGAGGGGGAAUGUAAGUAGUGAAUUUGGAAGAAAAUAAUCAGCUGAGAAUGAGAUAUGCUGUCAACGGCGUUGGAACGAAUGUUUUAGUAAGAAAAUACACCGUCUCUUAUACCUAUUCUAAAGUCAGUUAGGUAAUAUGUUAACAAUAUGUUGUUGAGAAAAUGGUUUUCACUUCACAAACCCUGAAAUUAGUCACGUAUUCGCACUUAACGAAAUGCAGUGACUCCAGGCUGUGCAUUGUAUACUUAUGUUUAAGAAACGUCAUGGAAUAGAACACACGCCGACGAUUUUGCGGUGGAUCACGUUUGAUCGUGCAAUACAGCGUGUUGUGUAUAUAUAGUAUAAAUACUGUGUCUCCGCGUUUACACAGACAUGCGAGCGGCCAGCCGACUGACGAUUAUGGAGAGUACGCUGUCCUCUUCUUUUAUACUAGCGUUUGCUAUAAGUAGGUAUCUAGGUACUUACGCCUUGUCAUGCGCCUCACCACUCGAACGAGUGUGUAAACGCAGACAUAGAAUGUCAAAUAAUGACAAAAUGUGCCAAUAUUAUUUUUGGAACGAAGUUCCUUAACCGAUGGUUGGCGGAUGGGGGCUAGGCGAAAAAGAGCGUAAGAUUUUGCCGUCACCAGCCAUACUAUUGCGAUAUUUGUAAGUGACAAAUUUUGCCGUCACAUACCAUACUAUAGUGCAGGGGUCUCCAAACUUUUUUACC